AUAUAUGUUUUAUUCUUUACGUUCGUCGCGUUUCAAGUUAUUAUACGGCGAGAUUAGUCGAUGUGUCGAUGUUUGAAAGUUAGUGUAUAACGACGCGUCGUAUAAGGAUGAAUCCUGUUACGCGAUGUGGGGCACCAUUCCCAUAGAAGAAACUGGGUCACAGCACAGUUCUGUAUUCCGUGAAUUGUUCACUUGGUGAUACUUAAUUAACAGAAUUAGUUCGCUCGUUUUGCUAGCGUAUUCUAGCGGUGAUGGGUACCAAUAUCUGUUCUCGAUGUUGUUUGUAGUUUCUUAGUUUGAUUUAUUUGAGUAAUUGCUUGCAGUUUCCUGUGUAACCUGCAUUUCUAUAGUACGUAUAACUUUGAACGUUGGUACACGUGCUUGACGUACUACUAGUGACACCUUCAGAGCUUGCUUGUAUUAUCUACGUUCUACGUUUCAUUCACGUAAUCGAUAUAGUAAACGAAUAGAUAACUAUGAACAAGGAAAAAUGUCGCUUCCUACCUAGCUGCUUUAAGCCAAACUGGAGAAUGGCAUUGUUGAAAAAUAAAUUAUUAAACACGGUGAUAGAGCCGGUUGCCACGGGAAAAAACAAAGUUACCGUGGUCGGCGUCGGCCAAGUCGGUAUGGCUUGUGCUUUCAGCAUCUUAACAGACAAUGUUUCGAGCGACUUGGUGCUCGUAGAUGUAAUGGCGGAUAAGCUAAAGGGAGAGAUGAUGGAUUUGCAACACGGUAGCGCGUUCUUGAAAAACGCGAAGAUCAACGCCAGUACCGAUUACUCUGCUACAGCGAAUUCUAGUUUAUGCGUUGUGACCGCCGGUGCUCGUCAAAGGGAAGGCGAGACGAGGCUGGAUCUUGUUCAAAGAAACACAGAUAUCUUCAAAGGCAUCAUCCCGCAGCUAGUCAAAUAUAGCCCGGACACGAUUCUCUUAAUCGUCUCGAACCCGGUAGACAUUCUGACCUACGUGGCGUGGAAGCUUUCAGGCCUGCCAAAGAACCGAGUGAUUGGAAGUGGAACCAAUCUGGACUCCGCCCGAUUCCGUUUCCUUUUGUCGCAGAAAUUGAACGUCGCACCCACAUCCUGUCACGGCUGGAUUAUCGGAGAGCAUGGCGAUACGAGUGUACCCGUAUGGUCUGGAGUGAACGUUGCUGGCGUCAGGUUGCGCGACCUCAACGAAAACGUUGGUACGGACAAAGACACUGAGAAUUGGGGUGAACUGCACAAACAGGUUGUAGAUAGCGCAUACGAGGUGAUCAAACUAAAGGGUUACACAUCGUGGGCUAUUGGUUUGAGCGUUGCGAAUCUCGCGUCUGCUAUAUUGCGAAACUCCAACCAAGUUCACGCCGUAUCUACCAUGGUUACCGGAUACCACGGAAUCAAGAAGGACGUGUUCUUGUCUCUGCCUUGCACCUUGGGUGAAAGUGGUGUCUCGUGCGUUGUUCAACAGAAGUUAACAGAGGGCGAGACUGCUCUUCUGCACCAGUCGGCCGAUAUGAUGCACGACGUGCAAAAGGACUUAAAAUUUUAAAUAAUUCGUUUCAUUUUGCGCGUUGAAAUAACUCUUUCUCCUAAACAAAGGGAAUCAAUCAUCUUGUAACUCAAUAUCGUGUGUGUUUAUGCACUCAAAGUAUUGAUUCUUGACAAGCACCUUUGGUUUCUACUUACAGUUUAUUACUUAAGUUCAUGUGGCCAAUACUUAAGAGUGCUAUUAAAAAUAUUUAAAUUUUAUUUAUAUGCAUAAACACGCCAAAAAACACGCUCUGAUUUGAUGAAUGAUAUAAAUGAUUCAACAAUUAGAAUAAUCUUUUGUAUAAAGAAAAUAUGUGUUCGCGUGACCACGAAGUAUUAAUUACUGUUGUAUCGAUGUUUAACAUUUACAACAAAUUUGAUUGCAUUCAGUUGGUUUAAUACGACAUUAUAUAUUAUAACGUACUAAUUAUAUUAUUAUCAUAUAUAAGUUAUAUGAUACACUAAUUCUACGAUGUACGUAAUUAUGAUUUGACGCAAGACAAGAUACUUAAUCGAUAAGUCGAAGUACAAAUAUGUACGAUAAACAAUUAUCAGCCACGAUACGACUAUCAGACAGAACUUGAAAUAGAAAUUUAAAUUGAUUCGUAAUUUAUGUUUAUCUUAUACUUGUCAGAGAUAUCAGACGAUUCUCAAAAUGUUCAAUGUCUACCUCACGAAACUCGCAUAGACUGAUCUGUAUUUUCAUACGAAAUCUAGAGUACUAUUUCCUAAUUGAUCCUGUUAUCAAACGUAUCACACAUUGUCUUGUAUAUUUAUACCAGUGAUAUAAUAAAUCAAUACUGUUUAGCUAA